AUGGGACUUAACAAAAUAGGAUACCUCUUGGUAUUCACUUUGUUGUUCUUUUUGGUAGCAAGAACUGAUGCCUUCAUUGGAGAAUGCCAGCUACAAUGCCCAUUCGACCAUGUUUGUUGCCAACCUUCGGCCAGCUUGUUACCAAAGUGUAUUCCAAAGUGUUACUUCAAGACUUGUCCAAAGGACACAGUGUGCAAUGUGCACCCUGAGACUGGUGAGGCAUGUUGCGUUAAUGUAAACCCAACCUCGUCAUCAUUGUCAUCGACAUUUGCCACUACAACAGUGUCAACUCAAUCAACUGUCGCAUCGACUGUUGCCUCCACCAUUGCAUCCACUGGAUCGUCGUCCACGACCGUCUCGACAGUGGCCACUACAACAGUGUCUACAGCAUCAUUGACUGCGUCGACCGUUGCUACCACCACUGCAUCCACUUCAGCAUCGUCGUCGUCCACAUCAGUGUCGACAGUGGCCACUACCACAGUUUCUACUCAAUCGACAACUGCGUCGACUAUCGCUUCAACAGUGGCUCAGGUGACCAGCACUUUGCCAAUCUCAUCCACUGUCGCCACGACAACAGUGUCAACUCAGUCGACAACCGCAUCGACUAUUGUCACAUCUGGAGAGAUCCCGGUUGUAUCAACAUCUGCCUCAACAUCAGCCUCGACUCAGUCCACUGUUGCCACCACCACAGUGUCGACAACAUCGUCUGGCGCCGUUACUACAACUGCUACCACCACUGUGUCCACUGCAUCGACUGUUGCAUCCACUUCCGCGUCGACAACGUCACCAACGUCAUCCGCGCCAGUGACCACAACUGUCUCGACGACGGUAUCAACUCAAUCAACGAUUGCGUCAACAUCGGCUUCUACUACCCUAGUCCCACCCAUUACAACAGGUGCCUCGACAUCGGCCUCGACCCAGUCUACAGUUGCUACCACCACGGUGUCAACUGUCGCUUCUGGACCAAUUACCACCACUGCCUCAACAACAGUGUCUACUGCAUCCACUGUGGCUACCACCACCGUUUCGACCACCUCCAUCCCAGUGACCACAACUGUGUCUACGACCGUUACUACCACAGCAUCAACUACUGUGACGACUACCGCCUCGCAAACUACCUCGCCAGUGACCACCACAGUAACCACCACCGUUUCGACGACAGCGUCAACUGCAUCCACUGUUGCUACCACCACUGUGUCGCCAGUUACCACCACUGCCUCAACAACAGUGACAACUACCGCCACCCCAACUUCCUCGACAACAGCAACAACGACAGUGUCGACCACUUCUGCACCAACCACCACUGCAUCAACAACAGUGUCGACAGCAUCUACGACUGUGUCGACCACCUCCUCCCCAACCACCUCCGAGCCGGUGACCACUACCGUGUCCACAGGUGCCACAACAAUGACCACCAUUGCAUCAACCACCGUGUCGACUACCUCGCCAACUACCUCGGUGCCAGUGACAACAACAGUGACCACAACAGCUUCUACGACAGCAUCAACUAUUGUUUCCACCACCUCCUCGCCAACUACGUCGGAGCCAGUGACUACCACAGCUUCAACAACAGUGUCGACAGCAUCAACAACAGCAUCGACGACAGUGUCAACCACCGCCCCAUCUACCACUGCAUCAACUACUGUGUCAACCACCUCCAUCCCAACUACCACAACAACAGCAACAACAACUGCGUCGACCACCGCCCCUCCAACUACCACUGCAUCAACAACAGUGUCGACUACCUCCAUCCCAACCACGACCACAACUGCAACAACUACUGCGUCGACUACCUCACCAGUAACAACAACAUCAUCGACCACUUCUGCCCCAGUUCAGAAGUACCGCAUCAUUGGUUACUCCUGGAUUGAUUCCAAUGAUGAUGGUGUGUCCAACGCUGGAGAGCCAUGGUUGGGAGGAAUGAAGGGCGCCCUGCACAAGUGUACCCCAUCCAAGAACGUCCGUCCUCUGAGGAGAAAGGUCACCUGCACCAAGCUUGGCGAUUUCACUACCGAUGCCUCCAAGAGAUACAGUGGCUUCAACUUUGAGGACCUUGACGAGGGUCAGUACUGCAUCGAGAUGAACGACCCCAAGGGCACCUACGCCCACUCUAAAAUGGGCCCAGACAACACCUACAACUCAACUGGCUGGAGCUGCUUCAAACUCGAUGCAUUGACUACCAACUCUAACAAGACCAUCUCUGUGCCAGCCGGAUACAAGCCAAUUGGUCCAGAGCCAGUGUACACCAUCCGUGGUUACUCAUGGAUUGACUCCAACAAGGACGGUGUGUCCAACACUGGUGAGCCAUGGUUGGGCGACAUGGUUGGACAACUGACCACCGUCGAUGGCAAGGUCAUUGGCAACUUUACCACCGACGCAUCCAAGAGAUACGAUGGCUUCCGUUUCGACAACCUCAAGCAAGGUGGCUACUGUGUCACUAUCAAGGACCCAAAGAAGGCCUACGAGAAUGGACCAAUGGGCACCGACAACAAGGUCGACCCAGCCACCCAGAAGUACUGCUUCUCUGUCGACUCGUCCACCGUCGACUCAUCAAACAUCUUCAAUGUCCCAAUGGGAUUCGUCCCACUUCCACCAGUCCCAAGAUACACCCUCCACGGUUACUCCUGGAUUGACACCAGCAAGGAUGGUAUCUCAAACGUUGGCGAGCCAUGGUUGGGCGGCAUGAGUGGUAUUUUGACAGACGACAAGGGCAAUGAGAUCAGCACCUUCACCACCGACGCUUCCAAGAGGUAUGAUGGCUACAGAAUUGAGGGCUUGGCCGCAGGCAAGUACUGCCUCAAGAUCUUCGACCCCAAGGGCGAGUACAAGAAUACUCCAUCUGGCAUUGACAGCAAGUUCAACACUACCUCCCAGCACUGCUUCACUUUGGAUGACACCACCGUCGACUCCAAGAAGGAGCUUUCACUCCCAGCCGGAUUUGAGCCAGUUGGACCAGAGCCCUUAUACACCAUCCGUGGCUACUCAUGGAAUGAUUCCAACAAGAAUGGCGUUUCCGAGGUUGGUGAGCCAUGGUUGGGCGGCAUGACCGGAACAUUGACCACCAGCGAUGGCACUUUGAUUGGCCCAAUCACCACUGAUGCCGCCAAGAAGUACGAUGGCUUCCGCUUCGACAACCUCAAGCAAGGUGGCUACUGUGUCAAGAUCAGUGAUCCAACCAAGGCCUACCAAAAUGGACCAAUGGGCACCGACAACAAGGUCAACCCACUCACUCAAAAGUACUGCUUCUCCCUUGAUUCCUCCACCGCCGACUCCAACAAGAUCUUCAACGUUCCCGCCGGAUUCAUUCCAACUGUUCCAGGCCCCAAGUACACCAUCCGUGGUUACUCAUGGAUUGACACCAGCAAGGAUGGUGUUUCCAGCGCUGGCGAGCCAUGGUUGGGAGGCAUGAGUGGAGUGCUCAUGGACGACAAGGGUAAUGAGUUGACCACCUUCACAACUGACGCCGCCAAGAGAUACGAUGGUUUCCGCAUUGAGAACCUCGAGCCAGGCAAGUACUGCCUCAAGAUCUCCGACCCCAAGGGCCAGUACAAGACUGGACCAAUUGGCACCGAUAACAAGUUCAACUCCAGCUCUAUUAACUGCUUCACAUUGGAUGCCACCACCGUCAACUCCAAGAAUGAACUGAACAUCGCCGCCGGGUUCGAACCAAUUGGCCCCGAGCCCAAGUACACCAUCCGUGGAUACUCAUGGAAUGAUUCCAACAAGAAUGGCAAGUCAGAGACUGGUGAGCCAUGGUUGGGAGGCAUGACCGGCACACUCACCGACAUUGAUGACAAGGAGAUUGGCACAUUCACCACUGACGCCGCCAAGAAGUAUGAUGGCUUCCGCUUCGACAACCUCAAGCAAGGUGGCUACUGCAUCAAGAUCAGCGAUCCAACCAAGGCCUACCAGAACGGUCCGAUGGGCACCGACAACAAGGUUGACCCAUCAGCCCAGAAGUACUGCUUCUCUGUUGACUCAUCUACUGUCGACUCAUCAAACAUUUUCAAUGUCCCAAUGGGAUUCGUUCCAACUCCAACCACACCUCAAUACACCCUCCGUGGUUACUCAUGGAUCGACACUAGCAAGGACGGUGUUUCCAAUGCUGGUGAGCCAUGGUUGGGCGGCAUGAAGGGAGAGCUUACGGACUCGACUGGCAAGGUGAUCAACACAUUCACAACCGACGCCUCCAAGAGGUAUGAUGGCUUCCGUAUCGAGAAGCUCAAUCCAGGCAAGUACUGUCUCAAGAUCACCGAUCCCACCGGUGGAUACAAGACUGGACCAAUGGGUACCGACAACAAGUUCAACGAAUCUUCAAUCAACUGCUUCACAUUGGACGCCACCACCGUCAACUCCAAGGGCGAGUUGGAUAUCGCAGCUGGUUUCGUACCAGCUGGAACUGAGCCAGUGUACACCAUCCGUGGAUACUCAUGGAUCGACUCCAACAAGAAUGGCAAGUCAGAGGCUGGUGAGCCAUGGCUGGGUGACAUGACUGGCACAUUGACCGACAUUGAUGGCAAGGAGAUUGGCACCUUCACCACUGACGCCGCCAAGAAGUACGAUGGCUUCCGCUUUGACAACAUGAAGCAAGGUGGAUAUUGUAUCAAGAUCAGUGAUCCAAAGAAGGCCUACGACAAUGGACCCAUGGGAGAUGACAACAAGAUCAACCCAUCAACUCAGAAGUACUGUUUCUCCGUCGAUGCUACCACUGUUGACUCGUCCAUGAUAUUCAACAUUCCAGCUGGAUUCAUCCCAACUGUUCCAGGCCCCAAGUACACCAUCCGUGGAUACUCAUGGGUUGACUCUAACAAGGAUGGAGUCUCCAACACUGGUGAACCAUGGUUGGGAGGCAUGAGUGGUGUGCUCAUGGACGAGAAUGGAAAUACUCUCCGAACAUUCACCACCGACGCUUCCAAGAGAUACGAUGGCUUCAGAUAUGAGAACCUCAACCCAGGCAAGUACUGCCUCAAGAUCUCCGACCCCAAUGGUGGAUACAAGACUGGACCAAUUGGCACCGACAACAAGUUCAACUCCUCAUCCAUCAACUGUUUCAUUUUGGAUGCCACCACUGUCAAUUCAGCUGGCAUCCUUGAUGUCGCCGCAGGAUUCGUACCAGUUGGAACUGAGCCAGUGUACACCAUCCGUGGAUACUCAUGGAUCGACUCCAACAAGAAUGGCAAGUCAGAGGCUGGUGAGCCAUGGCUGGGUGACAUGACUGGCACAUUGACCGACAUUGAUGGCAAGGAGAUUGGCACAUUCACCACCGACACCUCCAAGAAGUAUGAUGGCUUCCGCUUCGACAACAUGAAGCAAGGUGGCUACUGUGUCAAGAUCAGUGAUCCAAAGAAGACCUAUGAUAAUGGACCAAUGGGCGAUGACAACAAGAUCAACCCAUCAACUCAGAAGUACUGUUUCUCCGUCGAUGCCACCACAGUCGACUCAUCCAAACAGUUCAAUAUUCCCGCCGGAUUCGUUCCAGCUGUCGUAGGCCCCAAGUACACCAUCCGUGGAUACUCAUGGAUUGAUGCCAACAAGGAUGGAGUCUCCAACACUGGCGAGGCAUGGUUGGGAGGCAUGAGUGGAGUGCUAAUGGAUGGUGAUGGAAAUACCCUCAAAACAUUCACCACCGAUGCCUCCAAGAGAUACGAUGGCUUCAGGUUUGAGAACCUCAACCCAGGCAAGUACUGCCUCAAGAUCUCCGACCCCAAUGGUGGAUACAAGACUGGACCAAUUGGCACCGACAACAAGUUCAACUCCUCAUCAAUCUACUGCUUCACAUUGGACGCAACAACCGUCAACUCCAAGAAUGAGUUGGAUAUCUCAGCUGGAUUCGUACCAGUUGGAACUGAGCCAGUGUACACCAUCCGUGGAUACUCAUGGAUCGACUCCAACAAGAAUGGCAAGUCAGAGGCUGGUGAGCCAUGGCUGGGUGACAUGACUGGCACAUUGACCGACAUUGAUGGCAAGGAGAUUGGCACAUUCACCACUGACGCCGCCAAGAAGUAUGAUGGCUUCCGCUUCGACAACAUGAAGCAAGGUGGCUACUGUGUCAAGAUCAGUGAUCCAAAGAAGGCCUACGACAUGGACCAAUGGGUAUUGAUAACAAGAUCAACCCAUCAACUCAGAAGUACUGUUUCUCCGUCGAUGCCACCACCGUAG